UCCUCCCCCUAGCUGCAAGUGCAACUCCAGACAGAUUCAAAACCUCCCUCAAAAUUGUUCCUUCCCCUUCCCGACUCCUAACGUUCACCAAUCCCCAUGAUCUUCCUCUCAAGAUCUGCUCCUCCCCCUUCUCCUCUAUAUUAUCCCUUCCCUCCUCCAUAACAUCCACGAAGCCUCGACUCUCAAACCUCUCGUCUUCUCUUUCAUUUCUCCAUAGUCGCAGAUUUCCCAUGUCCCUCUUUUCCGGCAUAUCUUGCAGGCGCCUUGCAUUUUAGAGAGGACCCCUCCACUCCGCUGAUUAUUGCCACUAAAGAUGGGAAAUUGGAGCUGGGUUUGGGUUCUUUGGAUCUCUGUCUGUCUUUUUGCAUCUGGGUCUUCCUCAUCCGACGACCUUCGGCAAGCGUUUCCGAUAGUGGAACCUGAUCCUGGUCACACAAAACUUCGUCUUUCAAGGGAAGGUCUAGAUGUGAUUGAAAAGAUAACUACUCCAAUUGCAGUUGUUGCUGUGAUUGGACCAUAUCGUUCUGGAAAAUCAUUUUUGCUUAACCAGCUCCUCUCCCUAUCUUGUUCUGAAGGAUUUGGUGUUGGGCACAUGCGUGACACAAAAACAAAGGGAAUAUGGAUUUGGGGAACCCCUGUAGAGUUAAACAUCAAUGGAGUAAGAACUUCAGUUUUUUAUCUUGACACAGAAGGAUUCGAAAGCGUUGGCAAGUCUAACGUAUAUGAUGACAGGAUUUUUGCUCUGGCAACUGUUCUGAGCUCUGUCCUUAUUUAUAACCUGCCUGAGACGAUACGUGAAGCUGACAUAUCUCGGCUCUCAUUUGCUGUUGAACUUGCUGAAGAAUUUUAUGGAAGAGUCAAGGGGCAAGAUGUUGCCUUUGAACCUGCCAAGCUUCUAUGGCUCAUUCAGCGUGAUUUCCUACAGGGCAAAUCUGUACAAGAGAUGGUGAAUGAAGCUCUUAGACGUGUCCCGAACACCAAUGGAGACAAGAAUCUUGAUCAAGUUAAUCAGAUCCGGGAAUCCUUGGCUAUGAUGGGUGAGAAUAGCACAGCUUUUAGUUUGCCACAACCACAUCUUCAGCGGACAAAGCUUUGUGACAUGAGGGAUGAUGAGCUCGAUCCCGCAUAUGUUAUGAAGCGGGACCAACUGAAAGAGCUCGUUGGCAGCAUUAUUCUGCCAAAGAUUGUGCAGGGUAAAACACUGAAUGGGAAGGAGUUUGUUAGUUUUCUUGAGCAGAUACUAGAAGCCUUGAAUAAGGGAGAAAUUCCAUCGACAGGCUCCCUUGUUGAGGUUUUCAAUAAGGGCAUCCUUGAACGAUGCCUUAAGCUGUACAGUGAAUUGAUAUCAAGAGUGAAAUUACCGCUUCCUGAGAAUUCUUUACAAGAAAACCACGAGAGAUCCAGAGAGUCAGCCAUGAAAGCAUUUGAUGAGCAACACUUUGGGCGGCACCAUGCUAAGAGAUCAGCUAUGCAGCUGGAAGAAGAAAUAGACAAGGUCUACAAAAAUGUUAUUCUUGCAAAUGAGUACCGGUCGUCCAAGCUUUGCGAGUCACUGUACACCAGAUGUGAGGACAAAAUGGAUCAGCUUCAAGUUCUUAGACUUCCUUCCAUGGCAAAAUUCAACGCCGGAUUUCUUCAAUGCAACCAAAGCUUUGAGCAGGAGUGUGUUGGACCCUCCAAACUAAAUUAUGAACAGCGCAUGAUGAAGAUGAUGGGGAAGUCAAAAUCUCUUUUCAUUAAGGAGUACAAUCAAAGGCUAUUCAACUGGCUGGUGGCUUUCUCGCUUGUGAUGGUGGUGAUUGGCCGGUUCGUCAUAAAGUUCAUUUUGAUCGAGAUAGGAGCAUGGAUAAUGUUCAUAUUCUUAGAGACAUACACAAGAAUGUUUUGGUCUGCGGAAACACUUUACUACAACCCAAUUUGGCAUUUUAUCGUGGCUACCUGGGAGACUCUUGUUUACAACCCAAUCCUUGAUUUAGACAGAUGGGUGAUUCCGAUCGUGAUGAUGGGGGCAUUAGUUCUUCUUUAUUGGCGGUGUUAUGGGAGAAGGAAGCCGAGUUCUCGAUCUCUGUUGCCUCUUUUCAACAACCACAAGAGUGGCUCUGCGAGACCAAGGUCAGAUUAGAAAGGAAAUGGUACAGCCGCUUCCCUUUGAGACAUCUCCUUUUGAAGGCUGCUUCUCCUAUUCAGCGAGCUUCUCCUUUUUAAAAGGGCAAAGCCUGCCUGAAGAUCUCCCAUGCCUCAUGAGUCCACAUCAAAUGCCCCAUACAUAUUUACAUUCAUAUACUGCAAAGACAGAAACACCCAGGAAGGAAACGAGGCUGCAGUUGGGCAGAUAUAGAGGGCGAGGAACUCAGUUUUCUUUCAGACGAGCUGUGUGAGGGUACAUGUUUAGAUGUAGCAUAACCCGAAAGCGAUCAUUGUUGUGAUUAAAUUAAUUCAAUCCUACCCUACACAGCUGGAAAAGUUUGCGGUGCCCUUUGGGACUCGCGCCGAGAAAACCCAUCCUAAGUGUGAUGCCAUCGUUCACUAGUCAGCAGCUUUAUCUGUCCUGAUAUUUACUUGUUUCACAAAAACAACUUUAAUACGUAUUGCAAGUAAUAAUGGAUCACACAUCAGCACAACGUGGUUCUGUGCAGUGCUGUAUGGUUUUUGCAUUGCUGA